AUGAGUCAAACUGCAAUUCUGAAUAAUGAAAUCAAAGUAGCGGCAAUUAAUGUCAAUUCCAUAAUCUCUAAUUCUAGAAGAUUAGAUUUAUUAAAGUUCUUACAAGAAUAUAGUCAUGAUGCCCUACUUAUUUCGGAAACUAAACUUAAUGCUAGAUAUAAGAUCUCUUUUAAGAACUACCACGUUUUAAGAACGGACAGGCCCAAUGCAAAGCAAGGUGGUGGAACAGCAAUAAUUAUCAAAAGGAAUAUUCCUUUUGAAAGAAUCUCUUAUCCAACUUCAAUGGUAAAUGAGAUUCUAGAAUAUACUAUAAUUAAGAUAAUAUUGAGUAAUAGUGGGAACUUAUUUUUAGUAAGUAUUUAUGCCAAAUUUGAUAAUAGAAAGCUUUUCUCCAAAGAGCUAUUUAAUCUUUUUAGUAAUUUAAGAUUACAGGAUGAUAAUAAUUACUUCAUAAUAGCUGGUGAUAUUAAUGCUAGACGUAUAGCAUGGGGUGACAGAUUAGAUAACCAGAGAGGUAGGUAUAUGAAACAAUGGGAAGAUAGCUUUGGAAUAGCAUUCAGAAUAAGAAUAAUUACAUCCUCGGGACCCACCUUCAAACCUGCUAACUCAUUCCUAGAUAUUUGUAUAGCAGACGCUAGGCUUAAAUUAAGUAAUUCCAUAAAUGGAAAAGCAAAUACUUUACCUUAUGACAGCGAUCAUGCUGCAAUAGCUAUGUCUUUUGAACUUUCUAUCAAUAAUGCUCCUCUUUGGAACCCCGUACCAGACCGUUACCGGUUUAAUUUCAAAGCCACAAAAUGGCAUAAGUUCACCAGAAGGCUUGGAAGGGAUUACAACAGUAACAUCCCGAAUGAUCGUAAUCUUUCAAUAACUGAGAUAGAUGACAACCUAAAUAACAUCAAUAGUGUUAUUUACGAGGCGAUAGUUAACAAUAUACCUAAAUUCAAACAGGACAAGAGUGUACAAAGAUAUUUAAACCAUAAUAUCCGCAAGCUCUUGAAAAUUAAGAGUUAUCUUGUUUCCGUGUUGCACGACCUUCAUAUAUCUGACCCGCUCUCAAAUAGACCAAUUUCGCUAAUCGCCAAAUCAGCCCUAAUAGAUACCAGAAAAGCUUUACAACUUGAACUGAAAAUUUCUACAGAUAAGUAUUGGAGUAAUAAAAUUAAACAAAUUGAUUACAGCAAGCAGGAUGCCUUUUUCCCUAAAAUUAAUGCCAUCUGUCGAGCCAAGCAGUUCUCGAAUAUUGAAAACUUGAAAAUUAAAGUCAAUGAUUUUAACAUAUUAAAUAGAAGCAAAUGUGAUAUGAAUAAAGCUCAUAAGAUAGGGAAUGAUUAUGUUUUUACAGCCCCUCAGGAUAAAUUAAAUAUAAUAGGAGCUUUUUAUGAAACAAUUAAUUCUCCCCGACAUCUCAAUAGUAACACUCCUCACAAACAGUUAAUAGAUGAGACAGCGGAAUCCAUUAAGAAUAAUUUCAAGAUAUCUAGAGAUCUGGUAAACACCAUAACUCAAUUCAGUAGAGAGAAUCCGGCGAGUAAUCCCAAUUCGAUAUAUAAUCAUUUGCAUCCAUUCUGCAACCCGUGGUCAAUUGAGCUCAUAUUCAAGAAUCUGACAUAUAGAUUAUCUACUUAG